AUGUCAUCCGCGCCACUUGUUAUCCCGAAGACCCCAUCCUCAGUUCCCCCCUCCGAGGAGGAGGUUGCCUCUUUGAUGAACACGAUAUUGAAUGCAGACAAAUCGCAAGAGUCUCUAGACGCCUCCUACGCCUUGACAAACCUCCUCAUCCAAUCCGUCGGAUUUCGAGGACUACACGGCUAUGGCUUGUUGAGGGGCAUCCAAAAAGCGGCAGUAGAUAAGAAAAGCGGGGCAAAGCGAGAGAGUGCAAUGCUGAUAUUAGGCGCCCUUUUCGAGAGGUUUCCUCGAGAACAACCGCUUAGCGAGGUUAUAUUCUUAAUUGAGGGCGGAGGGCUGCUUUCCCUGGCCUUGGAUGCGCUAGGUGAUAAGGGUGCUGUGGUACGGGAGGCCGCCAAAUAUGCUGUUGAUGCGCUGUUUGCUUGUCUGAAGGUUGAGUCGUUGGUCACCGCCUUUGUUCCAGCGCUAUCGGCGUAUCUUAGCAAACCUACUGCGAAGUGGCAAGGUGCUGUGGAGGCUUAUCGCCUUCUGGAAAAAGUGGCUGAGAAAACUCAGGCUGGUUCGGAUACUAAGGAGGAGAGUCUGCAAAAAGACUUGCUCCGUGAUUCUGUGGGCAAGUGUUUAAAGGAUUUGAUCCCUAUCGUCGAGUCUGGCAUGCACGAUAUGAAAAACGAGGUCUCAAAACAAGCUGUCAAAACCAUGACUGCUCUGACGACAGUCCUCUACAAUGACGAUGUAGCUCCCAGAAUCCCGCUGCUAAUUAAAGCGAUGGAAAACCCCGACGCACAAAUUUUACAAAAGGCCAUCCAUGCCCUGUCACAGACUACGUUCGUUGCGAUAGUUACCUCCCCGGUGCUAGCCCUCCUCACUCCUCUUCUUGAACGAUCUCUGAACACACCUACAACCCCACAAGAAGUCCUUCGCCAAACAGUCGUUGUCGUCGAGAAUCUCACAAAACUCGUCCAUGAUCCUAAUGAAGCAAGGACAUUUUUACCAAAGUUGAAGCCAGGCGUGCAAGGAGUGAAAGACAGAGCUUCGCUACCCGAGGUCCGGGAGCUAGCAACACGAGCAUUGAAUGUCAUCCAGAAAGCUAUGGGCGAUGACAGCUCUAACUUGGCCAACGGGGCUGUGGCCCAAGUCACAACAGAUGAAGUCCUGAAGGUGUUAGAGCAGCAGGUAAAAGCCCAUGGCGGCCUUGUGCGCAAGGAAGAUGAACCAUUCUGGGCUAUCACGAAAACAUAUAUCUCAGAAAUGGUUCGGGACGACGUGAAUUCACGACUUCUCCAACGCAUCCCACUUUGCAUCGGACCUUAUCUCAGCCAGUUAGUCAAAGAAGGACAAGAGGGGGUGAUCGCUUCGGCAGUUCACGCUCACUUCAUAGAGGAGGACAAGCGGAAAUAUGGAGCACCAGUGCAAGAAGACACAGACGAGGUGGAAAUUGUCAAUGCGGAUUUCUCUCUUGCAUAUGGUGGCAUGCUUCUGCUCUCCCACACAAACCUAAGACUCCUCAAGGGCCAUCGAUACGGACUCUGCGGGCGCAACGGAGCGGGAAAAUCCACUCUUAUGCGCAGCAUUGCGGAGGGAAAGCUGGAGGGAUUUCCUCCCAAGGAUGUCUUGAAGACAUGCUUCGUGGAGCAUAACCAAGGCGAAGAUGCGGAUUUGAGUAUUUUGGAAUUCGUUGCUAAAGACCCGGAACUGGCUGCAAGCGGCAAAAAACGAAUUUCCGAGGUUUUGAGCGAGGUUGGAUUCACUGCCGGCCCCGGCGGACGGCAGCAACAGAAAGUUGGCUCCCUUUCCGGUGGUUGGAAAAUGAAGCUGGCUCUGGCACGAGCAAUGCUCAUGGGGGCUGACGUUCUCCUUCUUGACGAACCGACCAAUCAUUUGGAUGUUGCGAAUGUGAAAUGGUUGCAGGAAUACCUAAAGAAACACACCGAGAUCACCAGUUUAAUUGUCAGUCACGACUCCAGCUUUUUGGACGAAGUGUGUACCGAUAUCUACCAUUAUGAAGGAAAGAAACUAGUCUGGUACAAGGGCAACCUUGCUGCGUUUGUCAAGGUUAAGCCGGAAGCGAAGAGCUACUAUACCCUUAGCUCGUCGAAUGUUCAAUUCAAAUUCCCUCCUCCGGGUAUCUUAACUGGGGUCAAGUCGCAAACCCGUGCCAUCCUUCGCAUGACUAAUGUGACUUACACUUAUCCUGGAAAUUCGAAGCCUUCUCUAAUAGAUGCAAGCUGUUCUCUGACACUUUCCUCGCGCACAGCCAUAAUUGGCGGUAACGGAGCGGGCAAGUCCACUUUCAUCAAGCUGUUGACUGGAGAGCUUAUUCCUCAAAGUGGCAAGGUUGAAAAGCAUCCCAACCUUCGAAUCGGGUACAUUAAACAGCACGCCUUGGAGCACGUGGAGAUGCAUAUGGAAAAGACACCCAACCAAUAUUUACAAUGGAGAUAUCAGAAUGGCGAUGAUCGGGAGGUGUUGAUGAAGCAAACCAGGAUCUUGACUGAGGAGGACCGUAUCCAAAUGGAGAAAACAAUCGAUAUUGGAGAUGGGAGAGGCCCUCGACGUAUCGAAGCCUUGAUUGGCCGACAAAAGUUGAAGAAGACGUUCCAAUAUGAAGUUAAAUGGGUUGGGAUGCUUCCCAAGCACAACUCCUUCAUCUCCCGCGAAACACUUUUAAAAGAAGGCUUCCAAAAGCUCGUCCAAGAAUACGACGACCACGAAGCCUCUCGUGAGGGUCUAGGCUACCGCGUCCUGGAACCGAAAGUAAUCUCCAAGCACUUCGAAGACGUCGGCCUCGAUCCAGAAAUUGCAAACCACAACCAAAUCUCCGGUCUCUCCGGCGGCCAAAAGGUCAAAGUCGUCCUCGCCGGCGCGAUGUGGAAUAACCCGCAUCUCCUCGUCCUUGACGAGCCCACUAACUUUCUGGACCGCGACUCGCUGGGCGGUCUUGCCGUCGCCAUCCGUGACUACAAGGGGGGUGUGGUGAUGAUUUCCCAUAACGAGGAAUUCGUCGGUGCGCUAUGCCCGGAGCAAUGGCAUGUCGAAAACGGCCGGAUGACGCAUAAGGGCCAUGUAUCGCUCUCCCUCGACCGGUUUGAGGACAGCUCGCGCGGACCCAGCACUGUGGCUAGCAGCGUCGUUUCCAGCGCGGUAGCCUCUGCGGCGGCGUCUGCAGCUAAUUCUGGGGCGGAGGAUGCGGGCGGAGAGUUGAAGUUCAAGGCGAAGAAAAAGAAGAAGUUGACUCGUGCACAGAUGAAGGAACGUGAGGUGCGGAGGCGAUUGAGACAUAUUGAAUGGCUUAACUCUCCCAAAGGCACACCUCACCCGCCAGACACCGAUGAUGAAGCAUAA